CGCAUCCGGGCGGCCAUGGGGCCCCGCGGGCUGGGGCUGCUGGCGCUGCUGGCGGCGCUGUCCCCUCGCUCCGCCGCCGCGUCGGGCCCGGCGCUGUGGCCUCUGCCGCUGUCGGUGCGGACGACCCCGCGCGCCCUGCACGUGUCCCGCGAGAACUUCUCCGUCUCCCACGACCCCGGGUCCAGCGCCGGCCCGUCGUGCGCCCUCCUGCAGGAAGCCUUCCGGCGAUACCAUGGCUAUAUUUUUAAUUUGGACAAGUCACAGCGUGGCCCUGCUAAACGUAACAGUGCGGUGGAGUUAAAGCAACUUCUCGUCUCCAUUGUCCUUGACUCGGAGUGUGAUCUUUACCCCAACGUCACUUCAGAUGAGUCCUAUAGUUUGGUUGUGAAAGCACCGGUGGCUUUCCUCAAGGCCAACAGAGUGUGGGGAGCAUUGCGAGGUUUAGAGACCUUUAGCCAGUUAAUUUAUCAAGAUUCUUAUGGGACUUUUACCAUCAACGAGUGCAACAUUAUUGAUUCUCCAAGGUUUCCGCACAGAGGAAUUUUAAUUGAUACAGCUAGACAUUUCCUGCCCAUUAAGAGUAUUCUUGAAACCCUGGAUGCCAUGGCUUUUAAUAAGUUUAAUGUUCUCCACUGGCACAUAGUCGAUGACCAGUCUUUCCCUUAUCAGAGUGUCACUUUUCCUGAGUUAAGCAACAAAGGAAGCUAUUCUUUGUCUCACGUUUAUACACCAACUGACGUCCAUACAGUAAUUGAAUAUGCCCGAUUACGAGGGAUUCGAGUCAUACCAGAAUUUGACAGCCCUGGACAUACACAGUCUUGGGGAAAAGGUCAGAAAAACCUCCUGACUCCAUGUUACAAUGGACAUAAGCAGUCUGAGACCUUUGGACCCAUAAACCCUAUUCUGAAUUCAACUUACUCCUUCCUGUCUCAGCUUUUCAAAGAAGUUAGUGCAGUGUUUCCAGAUCAGUUCAUUCACUUGGGAGGAGACGAAGUGGAAUUUAAAUGUUGGGAGUCCAAUCCAGAAAUCAGAGAUUUCAUGAAGUGGAAAGGCUUUGGUGAAGAUUAUAAAAAACUAGAAUCUUUCUAUGUUCAGAAGGUUUUGGAUAUUGCUUCAACUGUAAACAAGGGAGCCAUAGUCUGGCAAGAAGUUUUUGAUGAUCAUGUGAAGCUUCAGCCAGGCACGAUUGUUCAAGUAUGGAAAUUUCAAUCGUAUAGUGAGGAACAAGCUCAAGUCACAGCCGCUGGCUUCCCUGUCAUCCUUUCUGCUCCUUGGUACUUAGAUUGGAUUAGUUAUGGACAAGACUGGAAAGGUUACUAUAAAGUGGACCCUCUUGAUUUUAGUGGUUCUCCAGAACAGAAAAAACUUGUCAUGGGUGGAGAAGCUUGUCUGUGGGGAGAAUAUGUGGAUGCAACUAACCUCACUCCAAGAUUAUGGCCCCGGGCAAGUGCUAUUGGUGAGAGACUGUGGAGUCACAGCGACGUCAAAGACCUAGAGGAUGCCUACAACAGACUGACAGUUCACCGCUGCAGAAUGGUCAGCCGGGGAAUAGCUGCAGAACCUCUUUAUACUGGAUAUUGUAACCACUGAAUACAAAACAAAAAAAUGAGCCUAAACAAAGAAGAAAACGCUACAAUCAACUUGAUUAUGAAAUCAUGGAAAUUAAAAUUUCGUAUAGUUUUCAAAUAAAAUAUCUUUUUAAA